UGUGCAGUUAACUUUUCUCCUCCGUGUUGAUAGGGUUACGCCGCGUGCUCCAGUUGUUGUUUAAUACGACAUAAAACUGGAACUUUUCGAUUAUGUCUUCUAAGACGGGAAAUUUCAAAAAUCCUUUCUCCAGACCAUGGAUGACGGAAACUGGAGCAGCGGCAGCGGCAGGAAGUGGUUCCAUUGGAUUGAAAGGAGUAGUCGCUGGCGGAAUAACUGGUGGCAUUGAAAUUUGUAUUACAUUCCCGACCGAAUAUGUAAAAACACAACUACAAUUAGACGAAAAAGGUGGAACCAAAAGGUACUCGGGUAUAGUUGACUGCGUCCAAAAAACUGUCAAGGGUCAUGGUUUUCUCGGCCUCUACCGUGGUCUCAGCGUGCUUCUGUAUGGCUCUAUACCAAAAUCUGCCGUCAGAUUCGGAGUAUUCGAACAAGCGAAGCUUUAUAUGGUGAAUGAAAAUGGUACUCUAUCAAACUCGGGGAAGCUGAUGUGUGGUCUGGCAGCUGGUGUCGCCGAAGCUAUCUUCGCAGUCACACCCAUGGAGACUGUUAAGGUCAAGUUCAUCAAUGACAUGAGGAUGGAAAAGCCAAGAUUCAAAGGAUUCUUUCAUGGCGUACGAACGAUUGUGCGUGAGGAAGGCGUGGGCGGCGUAUACAAGGGUGUGUCGGCGACGAUAAUGAAGCAGGGCAGCAACCAGGCCAUCAGGUUCUUCGUGAUGGAGUCUCUCCGCGAUUGGUACAAGGGCGGGGAUAGGGACAAACACGUGCCCAAGUACAUCGUGGCGCUGUUCGGUGGUGUCGCCGGUGCGACGUCAGUGUUCGGAAACACCCCCAUCGACGUGGUGAAGACCAGGAUGCAGGGUCUCGAAGCCGCCAAGUACAAGAGCACCUGGGACUGUUUCAUCAAGACCUGGAGGCACGAGGGACCCCUCGCCUUCUACAAGGGAACCGUCCCUAGACUCAGCAGAGUGGUGUUCGACGUGGCCAUCACCUUCACCAUAUACGACAGCAUCAUGGACGUCUUCAACUACGUUUGGAAGUAACGCUUCACGAUUCGAAGGUGACUUUUACGUUUGCUUUUGUAUUUAUAUCGAGUUAAUUCCUAAAUCGAAAGAAGUCGACGUCGCUUUGAGUGAAAUAUUUAAAUGAAUGCAAUUGUAACUAGAAGAAGCCAAACCUCGGUCGGUUAUGUUUGUGGCAUUGUAUGGAAUGUUAAAGUUACCCAAUGUAUAGAUUAAGCUAAACUAUGAACCAUUUUUAGAGUUCGGUACAAACGUGUUCUUCGCUGAGGUUCAUGUAUUUUGUAUUUCAAUGUGAUGUUAUCGUAAGCUUAACGUUGUGUCAGGGUUUCAUUAAAACAGAAUUUAUUGCAUUUCUUUUUCAAUGCUUUUAUUAUAUUUUACUGCGUUAUUUUUGUAUAAAGGUUUAUUUUUAUAUUAUUUUUGUGUAUUUUGAAUCGUCGGCCCCGUUCAGACGAGUAAUUUCGGACAAUAGAAAUCGAAUUAGAAUCUCUUUCCGUUACGCGCUCUCGAGACAUGUUUUAUUUAUUGACGAAUUUAUAUUUUGACUAUAUUUUGCAUUUGUUUUAUCUUCUGUGCAUUUUUGGGCUUUUGUUAACUUUUUAAGAUCUCUCGAAUCCGAUUUCACAAAGACCUCGGUGGGCAAAUGCUGUCUUCCCUCAUCUUUAAAUGAACUUCGAGAGAUCGAGAUGAGACAUUCCGUUACGAUUGAACCGUUAAUGUUCUGGGUUUAUUUUUUAUGCCUAUUUAUAAUGUUGAAUGUUGCGUUUAUUUAUUUAUUGUUAUGAUUUAAAUAAAUUGUCAAACAAUUGAAUUUAAA